AUGCAGAGCCUUCAGGAUGGCGCCACCUCCCUGGAAGCCCGAGAGGCCAUCGUUUGCCAGGACCGUGGCAUGUUCAGGGACCACAUCCGUGAUGAGUGCCCUGAUCUUGACGCCGACUGCAUCCCUGCAGCGCACACCCGCCGCAUCACCCAGGAGCAGCUUGACAGUGACCCCUGCUUCGCGCCGCUGCAUCAGGUGAAUUCUGAGCUGGGGCGCAUUGUCAUCCGGCCCAUGCACCGCGAGCACAUCUUCGAGACAGCCCUGCUCCAGACCGAGGCCUUCCUGGUGGACAGAAACCCGCCCACAUUCCCAUGGAUGAUAGAGGAGCUGCAGCGGCUGUGCCAGCAGUACGAGCGCGAUCCGCGGCCCAUCACGGAGCACGAUGCCGGCUUGAGUGUGGAACCUGCCGGCGACUUGGCGUCCAGCAGCGGAGUCACCGACCCGGCCGAGCUGUACCGCAUCCAGACAGAGGACGCCUGGGGCCGCUGGAUCUGGCUCGUCGCUGAGCUUGUCCCUAAUGAUCCCUCGCUGGCGCCGGCCGGGCAGGACUCGCGAGUGGUGGGCGCGACUGCGCUGAUGUUCCACGACCGGCGAGUGGCGCUGCGGAAGAUGGUGCGGCUGCGGCCGCCGCUGCCGGCAGCAGCACUGGACUACUCGCUGUGGCUGGCGCGCAGGCCGCCAGAGGGCCUCCAGCACGAGCGCGCCGCCUUCAUCUGGUGGACAGGCGUGCACUACAAGAUGCGCAGGAGAGGAGUGGCGCAGGCGCUGGUGCGGGCAUGUGAGGGAGUGGCAGCCGCUGCAAACUUUUGGGACAUCUACAUUCAGGCCGCCACCACGAUGCGAGACAGCAGGUCCCCGCUGGGCGGCUGGCUCAGCGAGGAAUACAAGGUGGCCAAGGCGGCCUACAGCCGCGCCGGCUACAAGAAGUGGACACCCACAAAUGUGCGCCGUGUGCCUUGGGCUUCUGAUGUGGAUGAGACUGCCGAUCUAAUGUUCAAGCAGCUGUACACAUUGCCAGAUUCUGUUAAGAUCAGCAGCGGCAUGCGCGCAUUUUGA